AUGCCUGUGGAGGUGCCCACAAAUGGCUUGCGCCGCGAGGUCAACGAGGCCGCGGCAAGUGUUGACGGCGUGUACGGGCGUGGGUACGGGCUGGAGAGAGCAGGAGGCCGGUGGAGCCGUAUCGUAGCCCCCAGCGGGUUCGCGGGAGCUCGCACCGCUCCCUCAGCGCGGACGCCUGGUACCUGGUUGCCGAUGCGAAUCUUGAAGAACGGCGGCCGGUCCGCAGAGAUUGAGGCCUGCUGGGUCCGCCCUCUAUGGCGGUGGCUCACCCCCGCGACACUCUCCUAUCCUGCCCGCACAUCGAGCUACUCCACCACAGCCAGGACCUGCCCAGUCUCGCGCACCUACCGCUACUCCCGCCGCGCGGCCUUUGUCAUUGUCGCCGCAGGUCCCGCAUUCAGCCUCGACCACGAGUUCAAUACGUCAGCAAUCGGGAGAAACAUGAGGACGCUGUGGACGUGCAUGGCCAUCGCGGCCGGCUACAAGCUCAACUUUACGCCCGCAAGGCAGACCAGAUCCCCGCUCUCCAUGAACACGUCGCAAAAUGCGUCUACGACCUCCCCGUUUACUUUGCUGUCGCGUGAGCUCAACUUCGAGCUCGAGGCUGAAAAUGCGCGCACCACCGCCACAUUUGUCGCCUCCGAACCCCACCUUGCCAACCACGUCUACAUCCCGCGCAUCUUCCCUGACCUCACAGCCGACAACAAGUGUGGCAUCGCACACCUCAUGGGUGACGACCGCGCCUCCGCCUCCAGCACCGACCCGCUCGCCGCCGACCGCGUCCCGCCGCUGCGCGGGGGCACAAAGUGGGUGAUGCAGACGAUGAUCAACCUCUUCAGCGCGCUGAUCUUCGACUGGGGCUGGGCCCGCGUCGUGCCGCGCGUGGAGCGGCACGACUCGUUCUGCUCGACCACGGGCUCGCGUGGAGCGGCACAACUCGUUCUGCUCGACCACGGGCUGUAUGUACGCCUCCCGCGCGAGUUCCAGCAGCAGUACGCGCGCGUCUGUGGAAGGCACUUCUCACGGUCGACUUUGCGGCCGUGA